CACGGCGACACACCUACUGCACUUUCAGACUUCCGCAAACUUUCUCAGUUUUUUUCCUCCCUUCAAACAGUUCCUUCUCUUUUGCUAGACUGUUUGUUUUGUUUUAAAUCUCCCAGACACAUUUUUGAAAGAAAUAUGAGCGAAAUAAAAAUAAACCAAUCAAGCACAAAUGAGGACACCGCGGAGGAAAAAGACUGGGCGGCGGCCAAAGCUUUUUUUGAUAACCUCAAAACUAACAAACCGAGACCGCCUAAACCCAGAUUUGCUGUCACCAUCGCGGUGUCUUCCCGCACCCUCUUCAACAUGGUGGCAGAGAGGGACAUCUAUGAAAAAGAAGGAGUAGAGAAAUAUGUCACCUAUCAGGUGGAACAUGAACAUGAACCCCUCAAGCCAGGAGCUGCUUUCCCUUUCGUCAAGGCACUGAUGACGGUCAACGCUCGCCUGAGGGAGCUCUACCCGGACAGCGAGGAGUUGUUUGAUAUCGUCCUCAUGACCAACAACCACGCCCAAGUUGGAGUGCGCCUCAUAAACAGCAUCAAUCACUAUGAUUUAACCAUCGAGAGAUUCUGUAUGACUGGAGGAAAAAGUCCAAUCGGCUACCUGAAAGCGUACAUGACCAACUUGUACCUCUCCAAGGAUGCUGAGAAAGUGACGGAGGCCAUUGAAGAAGGCAUUGCCGCCGCCACCAUGUUUAUGCCCGAAACGGAGUACAAGCUCAGCGACACUCAGUUGAGGGUGGCCUUCGAUGGCGACGCUGUCCUCUUCUCGGAUGAGUCUGAGAUCAUAGUGAAGAAACAUGGCCUGGAUACUUUUUUUGAGCAUGAGAAGGAGUUUGAGAACAAACCGCUGGCUCAGGGCCCCUUAAAAGGAUUCCUGGAGGCUUUGGGGAAGCUCCAGAGGAAAUUCUACGCCAAGAAUGAGCGCUUGAAUUGUCCCAUAAGGACCUUCCUGGUCACAGCCCGUAGCGCUGCCAGCUCGGGUGCUCGCGUCCUGAAGACCCUCCGCAGCUGGGGCCUGGAGAUUGACGAGGCUCUUUUUCUGGCCGGAGCCCCUAAAGGGCCGCUGUUGCAGAAGAUAAAACCGCACAUCUUCUUUGAUGACCAGAUGUUCCACAUCGAGGGAGCCAAGGAGCUGGGCACCAUCGCUGCUCACGUCCCCUAUGGCAUUGGACAGAAAUAUCAUAGAGGAAAACUCAUCGAGCAGCCAAAAGAGGAGUGAUCUUGUCAUGCACCAAACAAAAAAAGGGGUAAAGCAUUAACGUUGUGCAUCACUGUUAACAGAAUUCUAAAUGUAAUGUAGUUUUGUAUUUUUUGAUGAACUCUACUGGGGUACCAGUCACGGCAAAGGGGAAAUAUGUGGUGAUAACCAUAGAACAAAGGGCAUAGCUGGAAAAAGAGGAAAAGUGUAAAGAUAACCAUAGAGCAUGACAUGGACAUAUGUUAUGGCUUUAGCUGGAAAAGGGAGGAGAUGGGGGAAAGUGUGAUGAUAACCACAGAACUUUAAUUGACCAGAACCGCUCCGUCUGAAGAAUACCAUUAAUGAAUCAUCAGUUACCGUUACUUAAACAGCACAUUCCGACAAAGCAACCGCAAAGCUCAAGAUGCUAGGGACACACUGUUACACGCCAUACUGUACUGCACUGUGUAAUACAUUCAUUCAUCUUCGUAUGUGAGGCAUUUUGUCAGUAAGUGCACCAGGGAAGCUGCUUCCUCACUGUCAAAUAGCAAUAUUACACUCCAUUUAGUUGCUUUAGGUCAACAUUUGACACUGUCAUUAUUGUGUUUUCAUGCUCAUGCCUCAUUUAAAUGUCACCGUUGGGCUCUGCGACUUGUUUACACUGUUAGAACACCUCUUUUUUAGCAAGUUACUCUGUUUUUAUUUUGGGUUUUCAUGUAACAAGAACAUGCAUGAAAUAUGCUAGGGAGUUAAGCGGUUACUGUAAGACAGUUUGUUUUGAUUGUAUUCACAUUGUAGUAGGUGCAUAACUACAUAUUUGAACCAUUUCAGUGCCUUAGUAUGGAUUUAUAAUUUUCAAUUUUUAGUGUCGACUAAAAAUAUGGAACAAAUUAAAGUUGUUUUUUUAUUUUAUGCUGAA